AUGGCUCGAAUUGGUGUUCCCAAGGACAUUGCUGCCCUCUCUGCUCCCGAGGUCGGCUCGGUGAAGCUCUUCGGCAAGUGGGAUGCCCAAGAGGUCGAGGUCAAGGACAUCUCGCUCCAGGACUACAUCUCUCUGCGAAAUGCCGUCUACACCCCUCACACCGCUGGCCGAUACGCCAACAAGCAGUUCCGAAAGGCCACUAUGCCCAUCGUUGAGCGCCUGGUCAACUCCCUGAUGAUGCACGGUCGCAACAACGGAAAGAAGCUCAUGGCUGUCCGAAUCGUCUCGCACGCCUUUGAGAUCAUCCACCUGCUAACGGACCUCAACCCCAUCCAGGUCCUUGUGGAUGCCAUCAUCAACACUGGACCCCGUGAGGACUCCACUCGUAUCGGAUCGCAGGGUACCGUCCGACGACAGGCCGUCGAUGUCUCGCCUCUGCGACGUGUCAACCAGGCCAUCUCUCUCCUCACCACCGGAACCCGAGAGUCGGCUUUCAGGAACGUCAAGAGUGUUGCCGAGUGCCUGGCCGACGAACUAGUGAACGCAGCCAAGGGUUCGUCGAACUCUUACGCCAUCAAGAAGAAGGAUGAGCUGGAGCGUGUUGCCCGAUCCAACCGUUAA